GGAAGAAGCUUGGGUACAAGAACAAAUGGCAAAAACCGUAGCUUUCCUGAACAUUGACGACGGAGAAGAAGAAGAAGACUAUAUCACCGUCGAGGAAGACACUGUGUCGCACCCAUGAUGGACUUCAGCCUCUGCCUCGUCGGGAAAUUCAUCAACGGAAGACACGGAAGCUUUGAAACAAUGAAGAAUUUCUUCGCCUCGAUAUGGAAGCCAUUGAUGGGAAUGGCUGUGACAGAGAUCGAGGAGGGCUUGUACGUGUUCAAAUUCUACAGCGAGGCGGAUCGUGACCGGGUAAUGGAUUUGUGUCCCUGGUCGUACAGAAGCCAGUUGCUCGUUCUUGAACCCAUGGGGAAACACACUGACCCCAGAGAUGUUCCCCUGCAUCAUGCCUAUGUGUGGGUGCAAGUAACCGGAUUGAAAUGUGGGUACGUGUCCGAGAAGAUUGGGAAUGAUGUGGGAGAGUUCCUGGAGACAGAUCAAGCGAGCUUUGGGCUGUGGAGCAAACAUUUGCGCAUUAGAGUUAAACUAGAUUUGAGGAAGCCCUUGAAGCGAGGAACGCGGCUGAGGAGAGGAGAGAAUGAGUGGGUCCAUGUUAGCUUUGGCUAUGAAAAGAUCUCUUCUUUCUGUUACAUAUGUGGAUUGCUUGGCCACAGUGACAGUGUGUGUCCCGAAACACUCACUCACCCGGGGAGAUGUCUAGAGAGAAAAUAUGGGCCUGAGUUGAGAAUUGACCCCAGAAAAGAAGUGGGAAUUGGAGCUAAGUGGCUGAAGGAAGAUGAAUGGUUCUCUGGAGGAAGACCAAGUUCAUCUGGAGAAAAUACAGCUGUAAGAGCUGAAAAAAACGGUCCGCGGACUCAGAGGGCGAAGCUAGUGUCACCAAAUGGCAAGGAGAAAGUUAAAGAAAAGGAUGGGGAAGCUACAGCCGUAACGAAAGAAAAGAGAAGGAAGAACACCGAGGAGACCUCAAUGGAGAUGGUGAAAAGAAUAGACAAAAUAACAGGAGACUUAAAUGGACCAAGCCAGAGGGGAAAUAAUACCCAUCUCCUUUUGCUAAACCAGAGAUUGGUGUGUUGUAGAACAGAUGCCGGCUUGGCAAUGAUCACCAGUUCAGGGCAACAACUUUGUCACGCCACGUCUUCCCCUAUCAAUAGGUGGACUGGAAGGCCCUACUCCCAGAGGUACUAUGAGAAAUUGGAGAAGAGGAAGUCUCUUCCUGUUUGGCACCAUAAAGAUGAGUUCUUGAAAGCCUUGAAAGACAAUCAGACCCUCAUCCUGGUUGGUGAUUCGGGUAUUGGUAAAAGCACUCAGAUACCCCAGUUUGUCCUUGAUGCCAUUAUUGUGGAAUCCCCUGAUAAGCGUAGGAAGUAUAUGAUUGGAUGCACUCAGCCACAGAGGGUUGCUGCUAUGUCUGUUUCUCGCCGGGUUGCCGAAGAGAUGGAUGUGACAUUUGGAGAGGAAGUUGGUUAUAGCAUUCAUUUUGAAGACCGCUCUAGUGCUCGGACAGUGUUGAAGUAUUUGACAGAUGGUAUGCUCUUAAGAGAAGCCAUGAUAGACCCUCUCUUGGAAAGAUACAAGGUUAUCAUUCUAGAUGAAGCUCAUGAAAGGACACUGGCUACUGAUGUUCUAUUUGGGCUUCUUAAGGAGGUGUUGAGAAACAGACCCGACCUCAAGCUAGUUGUCAUGAGUGCAACUCUUGAGGCAGAGAAGUUUCUGGGUUAUUUUCACGGCGCACCUCUCAUGAAAGUUCCUGGUCCGCUACACCCUGUGGAAGUCAUUUACAGUCAGGAGCCCGAGAGGGAUUACCUUGAAGCAGCAAUUCGAACCGUGGUGCAGAUACACACGUGCAGUCCUGGGAGGAAGGUGGUUGUCUCCACAAAUAUCGCGGAGACAUCAUUGGCUAUAGAUGGUAUAGUAUAUGUUAUUGAUCCGGGGUUUGCAAUGCAAAAAGUUUAUGACCCCAGAGUCAGUGUUGAAUCUCUGCUGCUCUCUCCUAUUUCAAAAGAAAGUGCUCGCCGAAGAUCUGGAUGUGUUGGAAGAACACAGCAUGGAAAGUGUUAUAGACUCUAUACAGAGAAGUGCUUUCAUAACGUUCUCCAACCACAGACCAGUCCUGAAAUAUUUCGAUCAAACCUUUCUAGUACAGUUUUAACUCUGAAGAAACUGUGGAUCGAUAACCUGGUGCGCUUCGAUUUCAUGGACCCACCCGCACCAGAAACAUUGAUGAGAGCUAUGGAGGUUUUGAAUUGCCUUGGUGCUCUGGAUGACCAAGGAAACCUGACAAAAUUGGGUGAUAUCAUGAGUGAAUUCCCCCUGGAUCCUCAAAUGGCAAAAAUGCUUGUUGUCAGCCCACAAUUCAACUGCUCCAAUGAGAUUCUUUCUUUAUGUGCCAUGCUAUCAGCACCCAACUGCUUCAUCCAGCCUAAAGAGGGUCAAAAAACUGCAGACGAAGCGAAGGGUCGUUUUAGUCACAUUGAUGGAUAUCACAUCACACUGCUGAAUGUUUACAAUGCUUACAAGCAAAAUAUGGGGGAUCUGCUGUGGUGUUAUGAGAAUUUCAUCAAUCAUCGGAUUCUCAAGUUUGCAGACAACAAAGGCCAUGUUGGCUGGCUAUUUCAUGCAGGUGUCGCAUUUGGAACGUACCGGUCACUAUUUGACAGUGAAGGACAAUCAAGUGGUUCACUUGCACCCUUCAAACUGCCUGGACCAAAUGCCUGAAUGGGUUCUAUACAACAAGUGUAUGUUAACAAGCAAGAUACCCAUCCGCACUGUGACUGAUAUCAGGGGUGAAUGGUUGAUCGAUAUAGCACCACAUCAUUUCAAUAUCACAAAUUCCCCCCAGUGUGAAGCAAAGCAUGCUCUUGAGAAACUGUACAAGAAGAGGGAGAGGGAAGUGGGAGAGCAGAAUACGAAAAACAAGUGGAUUACACCUUUCAUCAGCUCCUAGUUGAUUUAGUUUAUUGUGUUCCCUCACUAUGAUUUUCCAUCAUCUCCGAUGGAGCCAAAAUUUCACCAUUUUUUGGCUUUGGGGUGUGAUGGAAUAAAUCUAAAUGGAUUUCUAUACUGUCUGCGCUUCUUUAAUUAAUGAAGUAGCAGUUAGUCAAGCAAUGCAACUUUCGACGUUGAGCCGGGGGUCUCUUUGGAAACAGCCUCUCUACUUUCGAGUAGGGGUAAGGUCUGCGUACACACACCCUCCCCAGACCCUACUCUUGUGGGAUUUAACUGGGUUGUUG